AUGGCAGGCCAGCAGCAGCAAAUCAUAGACACCAUCUUCUCCAUGAAGAGGAAGAUACUGCGAGGCACCGACUCGGACGCCGCAGACACAGACUCUCCUUUCGCCGACUACAGACAGGACCUGAAGCGCAAGUCCCAGUAUGCGCGCGCAAACGACCCAGACUUCCUGAUUGACCCUCGACCGUACAAAAAGCGCGUAGAGCACGCCGGUUAUCGCAGGUACAUCCUGCAGCGCAAUCCCCCGCGAUACGACCCUGACGGCGACAUCGUCGAACCCUCGGACGAGUAUGAGGACGAGGACGACCUGGAGUCGGUUGAGGAGAAUCCGUACGCAGAAAUACGCUUGGAACGGUUGCUGAGACCAUUGACGUCUGCCGCUGAUCUGCCCUCCCAUCGAUCUAUGAGCGUCCCAUACACGUCCACACACCUCACAAACUUGGCGAGCGAAGCCGGCGCCCUCUGGCGGAAAGAGCAAAUCACUAUCGCACGAGCGAAACAGCUGUUCAUCAAGCUGCAGGGAGACUCGACCUUUGCACCUGCAGCCCUGGCAGCCAUGGUGGAUGCGCCUUUGGGCACUUCCGGGUCCAGUGGCACAGCUCAGCGCGCUCUGAAUGGUGCUUCGCAACCAGGUUCGCGUGACGAGGCAAACACUAUGCUAGAUAGCGCUCAAGACACUGCGAUGGAAGACGCAGGACACCUCAACCAUGUCCUCCAAGACAAGCCCAAUGGUACAACAGACUCAGAAGCGCUGAACGGUACCAAACCCACAGCCAACGGCACAGCGCAUGAAGCAGAUACAAACCGGGCUCAAGAGAAUGGCGAAGAGCCGCAAUCCCCGGGCGGCGACGAUGCUUCUGACGAUACUUCCCAGGCUGCCCACCGCAUGACCACACGUGCCCGAGCUCAGGCAGCAUCAACUCCCUCGCCGCCAAAUUCCCCCUCGAGUCUUGCUGGUCAAAUCCACCCGCUUUUCCUCUUCUCCACCAACUCACUCCCUGAUCGCGACUUUGGCCUGCCGUCCAACGAAGCCGAAGAAACGCGCAUGCUGCUCAUGGCGUACGUGCAAAAGCAGGAAGAGGUCGCACGAGCAACCUCAGACCUGUAUCAUGGCCUGAUGCAGGCGGAUCGUAUGCGGCAGGACGUAUUCAAAUGGUGCAAAGCCGAGGGACACGUUGGCGAGAUGAGUGAUGGGGAAGACUGGUGUGAUAACGAAGAAUGGGGGUUAGAUCAUGACUUGAUCAAAGGGCGAGAUGAAGAGGAGGAUGAAACAGCAAACACCGGAAAGAAGAGCACAAGACAGAGGAGAAAGCCUGACAAGGAAGAUCGGUAG